AUGACUCUCUCUGCCAGCCUGCUGCUGCUGCUGCUGCUCGGCCUCUCUCAGGCACUUCCUCUCCAGCAGGAAGGAGGAGGAGAAGAAGUCCCAGACACCGUGGACAUCACCACCAGGAUUCUGACCACCAACAAUGGCACCAAUGAGAUGCUGCUGGAAGGAGACCUGCUGCUUCCCACAACCAGAAACGCCAUGGCGUGCUGGUACAAUAGCUGCCUGUGGAAGAAAGCCUCCAACGGCAUGGUGAUGAUCCCCUUCACCGUGAGCAGUGAGUUCAGCAGCUGGGAGAGGCAGAAGAUCGACUACGCCAUGAAUGCCUUCCACAGCAGCACCUGCCUCCGCUUCGUCCCCCGUCAGAGCGAGUAUGACUACAUCAGCAUUGAGAACAAAGCCGGAUGUUUCUCCGCUCUGGGCAGAGCAGGAGGCAAACAGGUGCUCUCUCUCAACAGGCAGGGCUGCCUCUACCACGGCAUCAUCCAGCACGAGAUCAACCACGCUCUGGGCUUCCAGCACGAACAGACCAGGAGCGACCGCGACGACUACGUCAGGAUCAACUGGGAGAACAUCAACCCGCAGAUGGCCUACAACUUCUACAAGCAGGCCACCAACAACCUCAACACUCCCUACGACUACUCCUCCAUCAUGCACUAUGGAAGAACAGCCUUCACCAUCCAGUACGGGAAGGACACCAUCACCCCCAUCCCCGACCCCAACGUCCAGAUCGGCCAGAGGCAGGGCCUGUCCUACUGGGACAUCGCAAGGAUCAACGCACUCUAUAGCUGCUAAUAACAAUGCUGAUGCU